CAAACACAGCGCAGGUUAGUAGCUGAGCGGUGUACUGGGAGGAGGAGUGCCUACCAAGAUAAAAUAAUUUUCUCCGAAGACUUGCUCUCAAAACACGAAAAAACAAUACAAAAAACGAGUGAAGUGAAGCUUGUAUUCAAAACCCGGGAGCUAUACGCGUAUUGACGCAUGUUCAGGAGAGUCUCUAACAUUGUUUUGAAGGCCUGUUGCUAGCUGCGGGGAAUCCUCGGGCUAGCCCUGUAGACACCGGGCCGAGAGAGCGCAAGGGACCACGACAGGGGCUCCGUGGGCUAACGACCAGGUUUGACUGACGCUGGCAAUCCUAUCUUAUAACACAACGAAGGCGUAACCUAUCCUGCUCCGGGUGUCGGAUAUAAAUCAGCAAAACUCAAGGCGCUCUCAGUUUGACAGCUAGCUAACAUUAGCUCUGCUCUGUUUACAAGCUAGCUCAGCCCAGACACUAUAGAGAAGUUACCACUUGUAGGUGUAUUUGCUUCUGUAAACAUUUGUGCACAAGGUUGCUUCCGCCUUCAUGCUAUCUGGUGGAGAUUUGUAACCUUGUUGUACUUCUAUGUACGCCGAAGGUCGCCAGCCAGGCAGCUUGAUCAAAAGGUCUCCUAGCUAAUGUUAUCACUGCUUACAUCUUAUCUACUGCUGCCCAAAGUUUGUUAUUCGUUUGAAUAGAAGGAAUACACCUACAGAUCUGAUCAUCCACGCUAUCGCUAACCAGUUGAAAGACAAUAUCCCGGAUGAAGGCUCACAGAGAAGUGUGGAUUUUGAUGCUGUCCGGACCUACAGGUGUCACCUGUUCUUCUUGGCAUUAUUAAUCUCAUACCGGCACCCGACAUCUGCUCCACCAGGAGCCACUGAUCUGCUGUUCUGCUCUCUUGGGCUGAUUUGCUCAAGAAGGAUCCUCAUCCAAACAGACCACAAUGAAUCGUUACCUGCCGGUGGCACGACAGCACUUGGCUGCCCUUGCCAGCACCAGUGUGGUGGUGAAAAGUAUAAGUGCUGUGGUGGUUCUCCUUUAUCUGUUGUCAUGGGCUGUGGACACUCCAUACGCACUGGGGGUAACACCAGGCUACCUCUUUCCACCCAACUUCUGGGUGUGGACACUGUUGACCCAUGGGGUGGUGGAGCAGCACAUCUGGGGUGUGGCAGUCAAUGUGGGGACAGUGAUGGCCUGUGGGCGCCUGCUGGAGCCUCUCUGGGGCGCUCUGGAGCUCCUGAUCUUUUUCGCAGUGGUUAAUGUCUCUGCAGGCCUCCUGGCUGGCCUCGCCUACCUCCUCACCUAUGUUGCCACCUUUGACCUCGACUACCUGUUUGCUGUGCGGUCCUACGGAGCAGCUGGGUUCCUGGGAGGAGUGCUGGUGGCGCUGAAGCAGACCAUGGGAGACACUACAGUGCUCAGAGUGCCACAGGUGAGACUCAAAGCAGCCCCGGCCCUGGUCCUCCUCCUGCUCUCCUUACUGCGCCUGUCAGGGCUGUUGGAAAGCUCCGCCCCGCUGGCUGCGUACAGCUUCGGCGCCCUGUCCGGGUGGGUGUACCUGCGCUUCUACCAGAGGCACAGCCGGGGUCGCGGGGACAUGUCGGACCACUUCGCCUUCGCCAGUUUCUUCCCGGAGGCGCUGCAGCCGGCCGUGGGGCUGCUGGCGGGGCUGGUGCACGCCGCCCUGGUGAAGCUGAAGGUGUGCAGGAAGAUGGUGAAGAGGUACGACGUGGGGGCGCCUUCCUCCAUCACCAUCAGCCUGCCAGGGACAGACCCUCAGGAUGCAGAGAGGAGGAGACAGCUGGCGCUCAAGGCUCUGAACGAGCGUCUGAAGCGCGUGGAGGACCAGUCCGCCUGGCCCAGCAUGGACGACGAAGAGGACGAGGAGGACGACGAGAUCAGGACGGACACGCAGCCGCUCCUCCCAGGGGGCCGCGACGCCUCCUCCUCGGCAGGGGGACCGGCCGGCGCCUCUCUGUCCUCCACCUCCUCGUCCUCGAUGUCACAGAGCAGUGGGGGGGGGUCCACGGGCGGAGCGCAGCACCCGGAGUCCAGCAUCAUCAGCUUCGAGGACGCUCCUUCUAGAUCGUAACACAUUGAACACGCUGUGCAAAGAUAUCCUCGCUCUGUGACCCAGUGAGAACACACUCGAUAUCACACACACACACACUCACACUCAACAUGACCAGCUCACACAUACAGCCGAGAGCUCACACACACUGUUGGUAACUGUACAGUGCUUUCACUUCAGACACGUUGUAAAUCUCAGUGUAGUUGGGCAAACUGGACCCUCACAUUCUUCUCCUCCUUCCUGCAAAGACGACCAGAAAUUCUGUCUUGUCCGGACCUGAUCCCUACUCCCAGCACUCGGUCCUCUGCUUCAUGUCUCUUUCUCCUGCUUUCUAAAUAAAUAACAAAAUGGGUGUACAACAUUCUUUUUAUAGUUCAUUUUCGGAGCAGCCGUAGUUGUUCUCUGAUUGUCUGAGAAAUACGUCAGUGACAAACACUAGCGCUGAAUUCUCGACAAAAGGUUGACCCUGAGGCGCGCUCACUGGGUCCUGAUGCGUGACCGGGGGGGUAACGGAGGAAGUAUGGAAAGCACGCAGAGGUGCUGACCAGAGGAAAGAAGCUGCUGCAGGUCUGUCCUGCUGAUAAACUAUGAUACAAAACUUCAAGAUUUUGAUGAGGUGCCAGAUGAGAAGAAUUUUCCGGACCAGGUUCAUUUGCCACCCAGCCGCUUGCUGGAACAACGGGCAGAGAGAUGGAAAGCGUACCCACAUUUUUUAACCCCAUUUGUCGUUCAGUGGAGAACAAUUCUAGUUCUCUUUUUCAAUUCAGAAUCAAAAAACACCCUUUGUUCCUGUAAACACAUAAGAUACGAUCUGGGGAUUAUGAUUAGAAUUCUUGUUUGACGAGUUGUACGUUUAAUGUUCAUUUCAAACUGGAGCAUCCUCUUGUACUGUUUUACACUUCCACCGUCUACGAUCUGAAAUGACACAAGACUGAGUAAUGGCUAUUUAAUUAUCAGAGUGCAGAGAAGGGCUCAAUCGAGGUUGUGUUGGUCAUUUGCAGGGAAGAUCAGGAGAAGGGUAGAGAUCAGGCGUGAUGGUCUGGCAGGUAUUUACAGAGCUGCAGCUUAGAGUUGGUAUCAGUGCGUCACUCGUUGUGUCUGAGUCUCAUGAGGAUAAACGACUCCGCAGACAGUAAUCAGCCAGGCCAUUUCCCUAGCCGCGUCCUUUGAAUUUAUAACAUCCGUCACGUCUAAACCUGCGAUGCCAAACAGAGCUGGUGCUGAAUUUUUUUUCUAGGGAGGUUGACUGGCAGCUAAAUUGUCUCAUAAAACGCAUCAUAAAUUCUAUGCAGACCAAAAAGGUCAGUUGAUUCAUUCAUUUUGUUGACAGUCAUCGCUGUAGAUGUCUCCGAGGAUUAUGCUAACGGUCAAGCCAUUAAAUUCCCAAUUUCCCUCCUGUCCUCGUUGAUUAAAGUCGGGAGCAGCCAAUAAAUGAGUUCAGCUAUGCGAUCCAGAUAUGGCAAAUUGAUAUAUAUCAUCUUACUGGGACAAAGUGGAUUAUUAUUGACAGUCUGACUAAGGUAUUUUGUCUUUUAUUUCACAAAGCAUCCUGGAAACUCAAAAAAGUGAAUUGAUGAUCAUUCAAACAGUUUGAUUUCAGGUUCAAUCAUCACCUUAGUCAAUCCAUCAGAAGCAAUGAAAAUGAAGCAUAUGAAAUCUGGAGAAAAUGGUUGAAUUUAGAUGUAUUAUUACAUGUUUAAAUAUAAAGCAUCUAAUAGUUGUUCUUUAUUGCAGUGGCCUUACUGAUCCUUUAACUUGUCACUAAUUGAGUCGGCAUCCUCACAAUAAUAGAAUAAUAACUAACAAAAACACAGCAGGUUAUUUCUGCCAUGUGUCGGCCUCUCUUUAUAAAACCCCUGCUCCUGUGUCCGCCCAGAUUUCUGUUGAGAUUUUGGGAUGGAUAUGUUCAAAAUCUGAGUAUUGAGCAAAGCAUUUUGGAAGUUGUAAAGGAUGUCUUUGUAUGUGGGGAAAAUGGUGGAAAGGAAAGUCACAUUCCUCUACCAGAUUCAAUAAAUGGCAGUGUUGAGGAAGAACAUCACAAGAUUUGCUUUUUGAAAAAAUGAACUGUGACUCCAUGUGUUGACACUGCAAUGAUACCGCUUUUAGGAACAAAUGCUUCUGGGAAAUGAUUGGCUUUCAUGAUAAAUUUGAAAAGAACGUUCAACAUCUUCUGUUUCGUCCCCUUUACAUUUCCAACCCGGGCUUCUGUUUGAAUGUGACAGUGUGCUCCAGAUUAAAAAUGUGAAAAACGGCAAAUUCAGAUGAAAUAUGUACGGUUUGAACUCUUAACCUAGCAUUGAGAAACGGUUGCUUUUCACCGUAUGGAAAGGUGUAAUGUAUGGGAAGUGAUAAGCCAUAAUAGAGUGAUGUAAUUAUGUUUGUUCUCUCCUGUUUCUCCUCCUGCUCAUUUCCCUCUUAUUUUGGCAAUAAGAUAUUUACGUUGGUGUCCACGCUUUAAUUAAAUAUGAAUGAGCUGUGGUAUUGACAUAACUUAACGGACAGAAAUGAAUGACAGCUUCAGGUUGUAGAAGGUAGAGCUCAAAUAUCUGAAGCAAAGUAGCAAGGGGUGGAAAAGUGUCAAAACUAAUUACAGAUGUGAACCAUGCAGUUUUAUGGUGUCAUCUCACACCUUCUUUUCAUUGCAAGUUACUCCGGAAAUUACAUGUUAUCUUUUUUGGUUUAGCUGCUGCCUCAACCUAGCUUGCAUUCUACCUUAAAGCCAGCAAAGCAGCGAAACACGUUCUUACAUGGCCAAUGAAGCAGUUGUGUAAUCCGGGGAAGUUGUGUAAAUUAGGCGUGUAAGAAUACUCUAGUUGUCAGUCUGAGGUUCCAUCGAGCCCGGCCACUCCUCCAUACCUGAUCCCUUUUUUUGUUGCUGUAUUUACAUUUGUCUGGCUUUAAACAUCCUCAAAGAAAAGAAAAGAGACCUGUCUGUUUGAAAAAUGCCGAUUUAUAGAGCUACAGGCGAGGAUAACGAGUGUGUUGUCUUUUUAGGUAAUUAACAAGCACUUUAUUGCUGGAAUUCAAUGUGGCUAAAGACACGGUUUAUAAGUGUUUGUCCUGUACUCUAGUAUCUCAUUAUUAAAGACAUACCACAGGCAGGAAGUCGAUUCUAAACCCCUUAGCAAGUGCUUUGGCAGCUUUACCCAGACAAUUAGAUUUUCCCUGGAUGAUUUCCUGUCCAAUUGGCCAAUUAAUGUCCAGUUUCUCUUUAUAAUUUUUAUGUAAUCUGGGGAAAAAAUGGUUUUAAUGUCACCGCACGGGGAAAGAAAUCUCAUGGACAAUUUAAAUUUCAAAGAUGCUAAUAUACCUGUCUUAUUUUGCAAGGCUGGCAACAAAUAACGUAUUUUAAUCUAAUUGUUUGGAGACUUUGGGGAAACAUCUUAAUGAAAGCUGUCCUCCUGCCCUGAAAUGAAUGACAUAAUAUGAGACUGCUCUGUGUGUAUGUGUCCUGUUGGCAAGGGGGGUUCAUUCACAGCAAUGUUUUACUUUUACUUUCAAAUCAGUUUUCACUACUUUAAUUUUCCUUUUCUGUCCCUACUUUUGCACCAACAGAUUGUCCUUCUAUCUCUCUCUCUCUAUUGCACAGACUUUUCUGUUUUUGUUUUCAGAUAUUUUACUUUAUCUCUAUAUGAAAUAAAAGACGAUUGUAUGAAAUAAAAAGACGUUAUUCCUUC